CUUGACAUAUAUAUUUAUAGCUUCUUUCUCGAGUGUUCUUGCGACAUUCAGCGUACAUACCAUUCAUGGGUGGUGGGUUGGUUGACGCUGACUCAUUUCGUCUGCUCUUUAUCCCCACAUAAACUUUCCAUUGUUUCCGUGUUUUACUCGGUCAAAGAUGCUCAGCAGCCUAUAACAGCUCUCUGUUAUUUCAAGAAGCCAAACGAUUGAAUUCUGUAUCUUUGUAUUGAUUUUUAAAAUGGGUGAAAAUGGUGUAAAAAGUAGUGAUUUUUAUCAAGUUUUGGGAUUAGAGAAGGGAUGCACUGAAGCAGAGCUCAAGAACGCUUACAAGAAGCUUGCACUGAGGUGGCAUCCAGAUCGUUGUUCGGCGUUUGGUGAUUCCAAGCACGUGGAAGAGGCAAAGAAGAAGUUCCAGGAUAUACAAGAAGCCUAUUCUGUGCUUUCAAAUGCCAACAAAAGAUUCAUGUACGAUGUAGGAGUUUAUGAUAGUGAUGAUGACGAAAAUGGGAUGGCUGAUUUCUUGAGCGAAAUGGCAGUGAUGAUGAGUCAAAACAAACCUGCGGAAAAUGGGGAGGAGGCUUUUCAGGAACUAAAGGAUUUGUUUGAGGAGAUGUUUGAAAGUGAUAUUGAAUCACUUAGCUCUUCUUCUCAAUCAGGAAAGAUGUCAAAUACCAAGGUUGAAGAUGCUCAGUUUGAAGGAUUUUGCAUAGGGACAGGCGGGUUGCCACCGGGAAGGUUUGAGGAGAGAGGGAAGGGGAGGAGCAACAGAAGGGUGUGUUCAAGAAAGGGGUGGCGCUAGAUAGCUAUGCUAGCUUCUUAAUUGUCUGGUGGAAGCUCAAAGGAGCAUCACUUUAGGCGAAUCUUGGAGUCGACUUAGUGUUGACUAAUUUCUUGUAAAGCUUGAUUGAGAUUGAAAAACUGGCUGCAAAGUUUAUGUUUGUAAUUUCAUUCGAUGCAAUAGUAGUAAUUGGUGCGAUUUUGCUUAUGUCUCAAGUUAGUAGCAAACAAUUUGAUCCUAUUAAUCUAGGCGGCUAAACGUGAGACUCUAAAUGAAUAAAAAAUUUGGGACU